CGGGUAGUGAGUUAGACGCGCGGAGUUACCACAGCACUUGAACGCAGCAUUGUGCCGGAGCAGAGCACAGACCGUAAAGCGGCGUCGGGCUGACAGCAUUGCCGCGCUCCUCUUCCUGGAUAUAAAGCUCCGUCCCAGCGGGGUUAUUAUGGAGACGCCGGGGAGGAUAACUACCACACCGGAUGCUGUGGACUUCACGGUGGAUAACGUGGAAAAGGCCCUUCACCAGUUGUACUAUGAUCCGAACAUUGACAACAAGAACCUGGCCCAGAAGUGGCUUAUGCAGGCCCAGGUGUCUCCUCAGGCGUGGCAGUUCUGCUGGGCUCUGCUCAGCCCAGACAAGGUGCCGGAGAUCCAGUAUUUUGGCGCGAGCGCACUUCACACCAAGAUCUCCCGCUACUGGUCGGACAUUCCCAGCGACCAGUACGAGUCUCUGAGGAGCCAGCUGUUCUCUCAGAUCGCCUGCUUCUCCUCGGGCUCUAAGAUGGUGCUCACGCGGCUAUGCGUGGCCCUGGCCUCGCUGGCGCUCAACACCAUGCCCGAGGCCUGGCCGGGCGCCGUGGCGGAGAUGGUGCGGGUGUUCCAGGAGGAGGGCGGCGGGGUGGACGGGCGGGCGCGCUGCCUGGCGCUGCUGGAGCUGCUCACCGUCCUUCCUGAGGAGUUCCAGACGAGCCGCUUGCCGCAGUACCGAAAGGGGCUGGUCCGUGGCGCCCUGGGGCAGGAGUGGGGGUCGGUGUGUCCCUUACUGCAGCAACUGCUGCGAAGGUCGGACAGCCCCGGAGCGGUGAAAGCCCGCGUGUUGCGCUGCCUGUCCUCCUGGGUGCUGCUGGACGUGCCCCUCAGCGAGAGCGAGGGCCUGGUGCACGACUGCUUCAGCGCCUUGCCCGACCCCGAGCUCUUCGACACCGCCGUGGAGGCGUUGGUCAACACCAUCUCGCAGCCCGACUCCCAAAGAUACGUGAACACUCUGCUGAAGCUGGUUCCUCCGGUGCUGGCUCUUCAGGAUCAGCUACGAGAGGCCGUCCAGAACGGGGACAUGGAGACGUGUCACGGUAUCUGCCGUAUCGCCGUCACGCUGGGAGAGAACCACUCCAGGACUCUUCUGGGGCAGGUGGACCACUGGCAGAGUGUCCUGGCUCUAGUCAACAUGAUCAUGUUUUGCACAGGCAUCCCCGGCCACUAUCCAGUCAAUGAGACCACCAGCUCCCUCACACUCACCUUUUGGUAUACGCUCCAGGAUGAAAUCAUGUCAUUUGAGUCGGACAAGCAAGCGGUGUACCUCCAAGUCUACAGGCCGGUGUAUUUCCAGCUGGUGGACGUCCUGCUUCACAAAGCACAAUUCCCCUCCGACCAAGAGUACGCGUCCUGGUCGUCGGAUGAAAAAGAGCAGUUCCGCAUCUACAGGGUGGAUAUCUCCGACACACUCAUGUACGUGUACGAGAUGCUGGGUGCAGAGCUGCUGAGUAAUCUGUAUGACAAACUGGGACGACUGUUGACUAACACGGAGCAGCCCACGUCGUGGCAGCACACGGAAGCGUUGCUGUAUGGCUUCCAGUCCAUAGCAGAGACCAUAGACGUCAACUACUCCGACGUCAUUCCGGGCCUCAUAGGUAUCAUCCCCAGAAUCAGCAUCAACAACGUCCAGCUGGCGGACACCGUGAUGUUCACUAUAGGUGCUCUGGCUGAGUGGUUGGCGGACCACCCGGUGAUGCUCAGCAGUGUUCUGCCCCUCGUGCUGCAAGCUCUCGGCAACCCGGACCUUUCUAUUUCCUCCGUUUCGACGCUGAAGAAGAUCUGCAGGGAAUGUAAAUGUGACCUGCCACCUUACGCAACCAACAUAGUCGCCGUGUCUCAGGAGGUUCUUAUAAAGCAGAUUCACAAGACGAGUCAGUGCAUGUGGCUGAUGCAGGCGCUGGGCUUCCUGCUCUCGGCGCUGCCCGUGGAGGACAUCCUUCGAAACCUUCACUCUCUCAUCACCCCUUACAUCCAGCAACUGGAGAAAUUAGCAGAGGAGACGCCUAAUCCGUCCAAUAAGUUAGCUAUCAUCCACAUUUUGGGGCUCCUUUCCAACUUGUUCACCACGCUGGACAUCAGCAAGCAGGAUGACCAAUCAGCAGAUGGCUCCGCCGUUCCUGUGAAAACAGCACCUCCUCCACCUGGACCCAACCCAGUUGUGGUGGUUUUGCAGCAAGUGUUUGCCCUCAUACAGAAGGUCCUCAGCAAGUGGUUGAAUGACUCGCAAGUCGUUGAGGCGGUGUGCGCCAUCUUCGAGAAGUCAGUGAAGACGCUGCUGCACGAUUUCGCCCCCAUGGUGUCUCAACUCAGUGAGAUGCUUGGACAGAUGUACAGUACGAUUCCUCAAGCUUCUGCCCUCGACCUCACGCGACAGAUGGUACAUAUCUUUGCCAGCCAGACGGACCACUUCCCACCCAUCAAGUCUCUGUUUGAGCUCGUUACCUCGGUAACGCUGUCCAUCUUCCAGCAAGGACCCAGGGAUCAUCCUGAUAUUGUUGAUUCAUUUAUGCAACUCCAAGCUCAGGCCCUCAAACGGAAGCCUGAUUUGUACUUGUCUGAGAGUCUUGACGUGAAAGCGGUCUUCCACUGCGGCGUCCUAUCGCUGAAAUUUCCAGAGGCUCCGACCGUCAAGUCGACGUGUCUGUUCUUUACUGAGCUGCUGCCUCACUGCUCAGACGUGCCUCCGGUUGCCGGGGUGGUGCAGGAGGACGGCAAGCUGUUGCUGCAGGCCCUGCUGGAGGGGAUUGGGGGCGGGGCUUCUCGGAGCCUGAUGGACCAGUUCGCAGAGGUGCUUUUCAGCCUGAACAAGCACUGCUUCUCCCUGCUCACCAUGUGGCUGAAGGUGACGCUGCAAGCGCCGGGCUUCCCGUCGUCGCGGGUCACAACGGAACAGAAGGCCAACUUCUCACAGCACAUACUCAGAGAACGAGUGAACAAGAGGAGGGUGAAGGACAUUGUGAAGGAGUUCACACUGCUGUGCAGGGGCCUGCACGGUACAGAAUACGCCGCCGAUUACUGACAAGCGGACACGUUGACCCCCUCAUCGAAACCGGGACCUCCUCCCUCAGCGCCGGACGCCACCACGAGACAAACUCAAAAACCGCGAAGAGAUCAUGAUUGUAACGACCGCUGCAGAACAGGACGAGACAGAACCAACCAGCGGUGUCCCAACAUGAACGCCCUGCUGGCUUUAGGGAUGCUGAACGUGGAAGCAUGCUGCCUCUCUAGAUUUGUCCUCGUCUGCCUUCUCUAGAUCUUCUUGUGGCUCCUCGGUCGUUUGCUGGUGAUUAGCAUCCGUGUGACAUGAUAGCGGUAUCGUACGUAGCGACUAGACAUUCUUAUUCAGGAUGAAACAUGCAAUAUAUAUAAAUAUAUAUCCGCGCAUCUAGAGGGACGGAGGUGCUGCUGCUACUGGGGAAGAGGAAAAAAACACUAUCACCGUAAUAUUUACUUGUGGUUACCUGCUUUUGCCAAACGAUCACAGUUUUGUGUGAUUGUCCUAUUUUGUUUGCAUACGAGCGGAAACAAAGUCUGCAAGGAUAGGUGGAAAUGAAGGGAAUUCCCAGAAGGUGACGGCUCGCCGCUUACUCGAAUCGUGCAAAAAUAAUCCAGUUGUGCAUAUUAUUAGUCACGUGGCUGCGUACAGUACAGGCCAAUGCGUUUUCUUUAUUUUAAUGACUAUUUACACUACCGUUCAAAAGUUUGGGGUCACAUUGAAAUGUCCUUAUUUUUGAAGGAAAAGCACUGUACUUUUCAAUGAAGAUCACUUUAAACUAGUCUUAACUUUAAAGAAAUACACUCUAUACAUUGCUAAUGUGGUAAAUGACUAUUCUAGCUGCAAAUGUCUGGUUUUUGGUGCAAUAUCUACAUAGGUGUAUAGAGGCCCAUUUCCAGCAAAUAUCACUCCAGUGUUCUAAUGGUACAAUGUGUUUGCUCAUUGGCUCAGAAGGCUAAUUGAUGAUUAGAAAACCCUUGUGCAAUCAUGUUCACACAUCUGAAAACAGUUUAGCUCGUUACAGAAGCUACAAAACUGACCUUCCUUUGAGCAGAUUGAGUUUCUGCAGCAUCACAUUUGUGGGGUCAAUUAAACGCUCAAAAUGGCCAGAAAAAGAGAACUUUCCUCUGAAACUCGACAGUCUAUUUUUGUUCUUAGAAAUGAAGGCUAAUCCACAAAAUUGUUUGGGUGACCCCAAACUUUUGAACGGUAGUGUACAUUGUAGAUUGUCACAUCAAAACUAUGAAUGAACACAUGUGGAGUUAUGUACUUAACAAAAAAAAAAGGUGAAAUAACUGAAAACAUGUUUUAUAUUCUUCAAAAAAGCCACCCUUUGCUCUGAUUACUUUUUCGCACACUCUUGGCAUUCUCUCCAUGAGCUUCAAGAGGUAGUCACCUGAAAUGGUUUUCCCUUCACAGGUGUGCAGAGAGAAUGCCAAGAGUGUGCCAAGCAGUAAAUAGAGCAAAGUGGUGUGGCUAUUUUGAAGAAUAUAAAACAUGUUUUCAGUUAUUUCACCUUUUUUUGGUUAAGUACAUAACUCCACAUGUGUUCAUUCAUAGUUUUGAUGCAAUCAGUGACAAUCUACAAUGUAAAUGGUCAUGAAAAUAAAGAAAAAACAUUGAACGAGGAGAAGGUGUGUCCAAACUUUUGGCCUGUACUGUGUGUGUGUGUGUGUGUGUGUGUGUGUGUGUGUGUGUGUGUGUGUGUGUGUGUGUGUGUGUGUGUGUGUGUGUGUGUGUGUGUGAGUGUGCGAGACGAUUGCACGGACGCAUCUAUAGCCUGACUCAUUCAGUGCACUUAUAUCGGACCUAGCGUACGUGAGCAUAACCUCCUCCGAUCCUUAGAGCCCGCUUCUCACGCAGUCACCGUCAAGGACCAGACGUUUGGCGCUGACCUUUUCCUCACCACCCAACACCCGAGUCGUCAGGAUUGCUACCAAAACAAAGCUUUCCACAUCCGCAAAAAAAAAGGCAGCAUCUGAGACGCCACCAAUGGACCCCCGCAUGUAUUGCCUUGUUACACAGCGUUGUGGAGUACCCUCCCACGCAGGCAGCCACCAUUCUUCCCGGUUUGGGAGGGGAUGCUGCCUGUGUUUAAAGGAAUGCCAAAAUCUCAGGAGACUCCGUGAAAAGUAAUGAUCGCAAUUCACACACCGUAUCUGACUGCAUAAUGCCAUGCCACGCUGUAAAAAUUGCACACCAGUACAUUCCCCGCAUCGCUGUGUAAAAGGCACCGGUGAAUAUUUUGCCGGGUCGUUGUGUGAAAAGGCUUCAGUCACUGCCACUUAAGCCAAAAAAAAAAAAAAAAAAGUCCUCAAUUGUGUCGUCCAAAUAAACAGCGAAUGUGUGGAAAAUUCCGGCUUUCACAGUGGCGAUCCAUGUUGGAGAUAUAGAGGGACGUCCAUGACUCUCAGCGUCCAAAUAUUCUAGUUUGUGUUCUCUCACGUAAACUCUGAUCCUGCUGUCUUACCCGAGGUGCCUGCAGACAUGUAGCAUGUGUGUGUUAGUCGGGGGGCAAACAUUUGAUCCUAUAUUUGGACGGGACAAGAAAGAAAAAAAUCAGGAUUUGAACUGUGACAGACUGGAUGAUCGUGUAAGUUUGUUAAAAGUAGGAUAGUGGGGAGUUAUGAAAUGUACAUUGUUUUUUGUACCUUGGCUUUAAUUUAUUAAAUAUAUCUUAAU